AUGGAUGAACUAAAUGAAUUUUACAAGAAGAUUCAGACCUACCUAAUGAAGAAGAAUCAGGAAUGUGGAGAAUUGCAGUUUCUUAAGAUGCGUGCAACAUCUGAAAGCAUUGGUCACAUUGAUGAUAUAUGUAUAUCAAUAUUGAAUAUAUUUCAAACUCAUAGUAUUCCUACAAAGGAAAAGGCUCUGACUAACAACGAGAAAUGUGUAUUAUCAUACACAUACUUAUUAUUGAAUACCAAGUUCAAAAAUCAGGAGCGUUUAGGAGAAGAUAUUGUCAGUGGUCAUUUAGUAGAUAUGUGUCCACCUUUAUCUCCAUAUUUAUUUGUACAAAUUUUAUGGAGUCUUGAAUAUGAAAAGAUUUUAAUUCAGUCUCUUCUGUAUAUGCCUGUAGAUUUGUUCACAGAAGUAUUGGAUAUAGUUUCAAAGUGCAUAGAAGAACUACCUUUUCCAAAAUCACUGAAUACUGUAUACCAUAUAAUAUCAAUUACAUAUACCAAAGUUAUCAAAUUGAAAGAAGUCAGUGUACAAUCCCAAAAUCUUGAAGAAACUAUAGAGAAUUUACUUACAGCUUUUCAGGAGUUUCUACUUUUGUUAACCAAACCAAAGUUCAUUCCUUCGUCAGAUUUGUCAAAUUUAAAAUGUUGUGAGCGUUAUGGUAUUAUACUGAAACAAUUAAUUUCUACUAUAAGAAAUUGCUUGGAGCAAAAGAUCCAAGGAGUCACCAUGUCUGGAGAUGUUGAAAAAUUACUUAACAUUACGUUUGGUAGAGAACCGUACAAAAAAUGCGAAGACACUCUUCUGGAAGAUGUCAUAGCAACAUUAAAUGAACAUUUAAUGGAUUUAUUGUCACGUAAACUUAAGGAAAUCACUUGUCAAAUUUACAUAAACUGGGCUGAAAUAGAUGACGAAGACAAUAAGAUGAUUUCUUUACAACGUUCUAUUGGAAAUGAAUCUUAUUACUUAAUAGAAUGUAUAAAGAAUAAUGAACAAUUGUCGCAAAACGAUCAGUUAAUAGAAUGUUUACAGCAUUUUUCGUCAAAACCAGAUCCCAGUCAAUCCAGUUUUGUUUUAAGUUUACAAGAACUUUGUUGUGCCAUAUCUGAAGGUAAAAAAGAGCUUAUGAAAGAAUUGUUGUGUCGAUACAAAGAAUGGGAUAGAUCCAUACUUGAUUUUGUUUACACAAAUAAAUCUCUACUAGAAAAUAAAGACUGUUUGAAUCUGUUAGAAUAUUUAACUUAUGUUCUUGUGCAACCGAUUGAAGAAGAAUUUAAAGAGCUUAGUUAUACUAUAGUUACAAAAAUAUUGUCAUCUCAAAAUGUAACAGAUAUUUAUGAAAUAGUGAUGAUGUAUCUGACGAAACAUGAUGGAAAAAAUCAUUUGGAAUCUCCGCACACAGAAGAGGCAUUUAAUAAUUUCAUUGCACGAAAUUCUAAUUUACAGAUAUCAACAAAUUUGAAAAUUGUUCUGCUGUUCUCAUUGAAGAAUCUUGCAUUAAUAUUGUCUAUACUUUUAAAGAUAACUAUUGGCUUUCCCCGCUAUGAAAAUAUAAUGAUCUCUGCUAAAGAUAUGCUUUUGCUAUCUCCACUUAUGCAAAUCAGAAAAGACAAUGAUGAAAAAUUUUUAACCAGCAUCCUGAGAACGAUUUGUUUGGAGAAUAAAGAAUGGAAUGGAAAGAAAUUCAUGAAUUUCAUUAAGGUUGCAUUAGAGAAUUCUGUGAUCGAUGUACAUGAUCUAAUGAACAAUGUUUUUAUACCAUAUUUGGAGGAAGAUUCAUUCAACGUAUCAAACAUCAAUUCUGUUUUAGAUCAUAUUCGUAAAUUACAAGCUAGAUGUACCAACGACACAAACAUCAAGGGUCUGACAAUAGCUCUAGCUAAGAGAAUGUCUUUCUUAAGAAAGAGUACAACUAUUUCGAAAUACUUGAGCAAUGAAAUUUUUAGUCAGAUUACAAGAAUAUUGAAAUAUUUCUUAGAAAUUAAAAGCUACAGGAUUUCUGCUUCUGCAAAAAAGGAAAUUAUCGACGGAAUCAAAACUGUAAUUGAACCAAUAGACAAAUUACAUUUCGCAUCUCUGUGGCAAUUGUCUCAGAAUAGUGUGAGUGUGGUUAAUAUAGUAGAAGAUUACGAACGACGUUGUUUCAUCGUGAUAAAUAGAUUAAAAGAAGACCCUAAAACUCUGGCGAGGCUACGAACCUACUUGUCGGAUCUAGGUUUGUUGAGAGAAGAUUUUUUGCGCCAUUUAAUUCUUAGGUCAACCGAAGAAGAAUAUCGAAGACUAGGUUCUGAACUCACUGUAAUAUUUUGGUUUGCCUUUGGAUGGAAUGAUGAACUUGAAGCAUUUAAUCACUUUUUGCGCUUAACAAUAGAGGCUUGUUGUUUAUCUCUGGAGUAUCCAUGUAUCGGUGGAAGUGAUUUAUUUGCAUUUUUACUGAAGUCCAUCACGCGUUUUUGUAAACUAUUCGUAUUACUCGAAGGUAUGAAUGAUCAGGAAAGGGUGUACGAAUCAUUAAUUGAGAACUUUCAUCAACUCGAUGGAAGUAUAAAGCAGAGUCCUUAUGUAAAUUGGUAUGCCAACUGUCUUGAAAGCUUCGAUAGUAAUACUCAACAUAAUUCCGAAAAUCAUUUAGAAGAGGUUCUGAACAAUUUGAAUCGCUUCAGUGAUCAAUGCCUUGAAUUUAAUUACAGGUACACUGAAGAAACUUCUAUGAUAUCUCAUACUCCAAAAAUGUCUAAUUUCUAUUUAAUUCAUCAAGUAAUUUCUGCUUGUAUGAACGUACCUGCAACAGAAGCUUACGAAUGUAUUAAAAGAAUGAAUGAAUUAUUCUUUCCGAAUUAA